AUGGCCCAGCCCCGAACAACACAGAGUGGAUUUAACGUGCUGCGAGGAGUCCACCAUGCUAAGGUUAUCCUGGCCGGGUCAUCCGCGUUCAUCAUCCCAGGCAUUGAGAAAAAUGAGAUCCGCCCCGGCCACCUUUGGUUUCUCGGUACUUCCAUGUAUUACGCGACAAGGCCCGGGCUCCCUGAGAGUCUAAUUCCGACGUCGUUGCAAAUGGAUAUUGAACACGCGACCUGGAUCAACUUCUUGCCAAUUCCACGGAUGCGAGAUAAUUUGAUUGCCCACGAGAACUGUUUUGAUCAUACGGAAUUUGUAAGAGACUUGCUUGGGGACAAGAUCGUGGACUACAUGUUUGGUUCACUAUGGUCCCGCAAGCCUCCCAUUGCCAGUAAGCUGGCACUCACGGAAGGGGACGAUGACGAUGUCACUGCCUCGAGACAGGGGCUUAUCUUGUGGGGCGAGCCGCACAGACUAGAAAGCUGGGAAGUGACGCCUGGCUUCAUACGGAAAUGGGCAUGGGCUAUGGAGGGGUGCGAUGAGUUGAUAGCGUCGAGCAAUCGAUGGAGGAUGAUGAGAGGAGAAGAGCCCAUACGGGUCACUAUGAUACGCUCAUGA